GCCGUGUCCCGUGACUGAGGCCUAGCUGAGUCGGCUGCGGGGCCCGAGGUUCGCCUGGAGCGAUGGAGCCGGUGAGCUGGCGCUCUGAGCCGGUAUGCCCCCUCUUUGGGGGUGAGUGCGGCUCUGACGCUGAGCGGCUCGACUCCUCGUACGGGUCAGAGUCCCUGGGCGGGCGGCUGGAGUCCGCCUCGUACCGGCUUCAGGAGGAGGCUCGGCCCGAGGGCUGGGGCCCUGAGAGUGACCCCAAAGCCUGCAAUGAGCAGGAUCCUGCUGAACGGCUCGACUCCUCGUACGGCUCCCAGUCCCUGACGGAGUCUCUGAGUGAAGCACUGGAGCGCAGCUGCCAGCUGGAAGUGCCCGGGGACCCCGCAGCACAGCCUGAAGCUCGGCUCAACCCGUACACCUUCCUGGGCGAAGACGGGGACUCGAUUGUACACUUAGCAAUAAUCCACAAAGCCGAGGACUAUGCUCUCCACUUCAUCUCUUACUUCACAGUGGAAAUGUUGGAUAUCCAGAAUGACCUGUUCCAGUCGGCCCUGCAUUUAGCUGUGUAUACCGAGCAGCUGAACAUUGUACAAGAGCUGCUGCGGAAAGGCGUGAAUAUGAAUCAGCAAGACUGGAAUGGGAACACACCACUCCACCUGGCCUGUCAGCACCAGCUGCUUGACUGCGUGAGGCUGCUAACAAGCAACAGAACUGGAAAGAAACUGAAUAUGGAGCUGCAGAACUGGCAAGGUAGAACAUGUCUCCACACAGCGACUCUCACAAGGAACCAGAAGAUCUUAGCCGUGCUGCUGCAAACAGGAAGCAACAUUAACUCGCAGGAUGGUCCUAGUGGGAAGACCAGCCUACACCUGUCUGUGGAAUGUGGGGACCAUGCCCUUGUGCGGUUUCUGCUGAGGAUGGGGGCCAGUGUCAAUGUGACUAUGUACAACGGCUGCACAGCCCUACACCUAGCAGUGGGCAAGUGGGAUACCCAGAUCGCAGACAUCCUGUGCCAGGCUGGGGCAGAUCCUUUACUGCCCAAUGUGGAGGGGGACACCGCCCAGGACCUGGCCUCUGGCAAUGUUGAUAUCCUUGCAUUGUUUCCAUUUGAUGAUAUAAAGUUGAUGGGGAGACCAGUGACAUGUUCUGACUUUUGAUGACUUAUUGGACAUUAAAUAUACACAGGAGAGAGGAGUUGAAGCAAUAGAGAAAAAGCGCACUGCUUCAUCAAACCUACAAGGACCUGGAUCACGUAUUAGCCAGUCACUGGUCCUGAACAGAUUGACGAGCCAAUGGAGUUCAUGACCUCCACAUCAAGACUGAAAUGUUGGAGUGGGAAUUUUGGGAUGUGUUCAGUUAACACCAUCACCUCAGUGGCCUGCCCGUGGGCAAUAACACAAAGAGGAAGACUGCUGCGUCGUCUUCCACAACCUCAGGACAUCACCAAGUGCUUUGUAGCCAAUAAAAUAGUCUGGCUAUGUACGAGAUACAGUUGUCAAUUCCAUUCAACAAACAACACUCCCUCUUGUAGAGAAACUCUUUCAUUGAUGUGGAGUGACCUGAACACCUGCACAAUUCCUUACAUCUUCCUUGAGGAAGUUUCCAUUAAAUUCCUCACAUCACUGUCAGUACAGACGGGGCUUUAGUUUGAACAUUCCAAUAAUGCAGCCCUCCCUCAGCACUGACCCUCCGAUAGUGCAGUGCUGAUUUUCAUGUUUGUCUGGGUCUCAGUUCAUCCUGAGAUUGCCUUUCGAUUCUGUGCUGUGGCUUAUAUUGUACGAUAUUUAUUAACAUUGGAAGUUUGGAAACUGUCGUUAGGCUUGUGCUGAAUCUGCUUUAAUUGAAAAGGAUUCUACUGUACAGGCAGAUUCAUUUUGCUGUCUGUUCUGUACUGUCUCUUUUUAAAGAGCAGAAUGUGUUGUGUUUUCUUUUAAUGGGUGGGUGGGCUGAGGAAGUUUAUUGAUUCUAUUUUGUCA